UUUAGAUGAACGAUCUGACAGUGGCUCAUCAUCAACAUUUUGUGUGCAUGAUCUACCGGUGGAAGUUGAAGAAACUAUUGGUACCAGUAAAGAUUGUUGGAUGGAACCGGAUGGUAAAGGCAAACACUGUAUAUGUGGACAAGAUUUUUGCAAUAAACCUCGAAGUUACCGAGCUUUACUCAGUGAUCCAGAAGCAUUACCGAUUGCAAAUGCAACAAUGCGAAAGAAAAAUCCGUUAAUUGAUUAUGAAGACGUUUGGGAUGAAGAAGACGAAGGAAUGAAUGCUAAACCAUUGCCAGUUAAUUUGAUAUUUCCGGGUGCUGCGGAUAUUGAUCCUCGGAUAGCUGGCGACGAAAUCAAAAACAAUGAAUUUGGUGAUAACGGUUUGUUUUCUAUAUAA